UGUUCACGACAAAGCCGAGUUUGGGGUAAUCUCCGUUUGAAAGUCCUUGAACAUCGCUUGAUCGAUUCGAUCGGAGGAAGUCGUUGAAGCUCGAAGGCACAUCAAUGGGGUAUGUGCAGCAAGCGCGUGAGAAUCACGUGAAGAAGAAGGUCGAAGAAGCUCUACGCAGCAAGAUGAAAGCAAAGGCUUUAAUGGAAUGUGACCAUUACACCUCCAAGUAUGCUCAAUGUGCAACAGGAAGAACACUAUCUGUUGUGUGGCAAUGCCGUAAGCAAGCUAAAGAGCUAAAUGGUUGUCUCCAUCAGUACACAAACGACAAGGUCCUGGAAGAAAUGAAGAGAGAGUAUACGCUCCAGGAAGAGAGUAAAAGCUCUGCAUCCAUUUAGUUUUCAAGGGAUAUCUUUCUUCUUCGCUGAGCCAUUUACACAGUUCGGUGGCUAUCAUCUUGUGUUCCUCUCCUUUCAUUUUCCCCGAGUUGGAUUUUUUUUUUUUUUACUGAAAGAGUUUUUGGUCACUGUCAUGGGCCAUAGCCAUGGCCAUAGGGACACACAGGGGUCGUAUCUAUGAACCACUUUCAAGAAAUUAUAAGAAAGUCGAAUUAUAACU